AUGGACCCUACAUACCCUAUCGUAUCGUACAUUUCCAUAUCAGCGCUUACAGUUACCCCAGAAUGUUUAUUACACGCUACUGGUCGCCACAAAGAGCAAAUGUGGAAGAAUAACACGCCAGAGGUUGCACUGGCACGUAGCAAGCAGGAGGGGAACUCGCAAGCUGCAUCUACCCCUUAUAAUUAUGUUGCAAUAGUCUUGUUUUGCCCCAUGACGUUCGUGGACCCGAGGUCACGUGCACUCAACAACCUUACUGGUCCUGUCUUUGUUGCAUGGCGACGAAAGUCUCUGAAAGGCUGUAAGGCUAUAUAUAAUCAAAAAAGCGCCCCUGGGUCCGCUGUAAUCAGAAAACACUCUCAAGAAACACAAAUGCUCGAUAUCUGUGACGCCGACAAACAACAAUUAGUGACAAGCGUGAUUGAACAGUGCAACCGCGAGUCCAACGCCUCAGCAUUUGGAGAUCGACUCCAUUAUUGGUUGACUGGCGAGGAGCUCAAGCCUUUUGUGCCUGAAAAAAAUGUCGGUCUUUUGGCCAACGAGCCCUCUUCAGAUCGACAAGAGUAUGCUCCUCGUGAGUCUGCCAUUGAGUGGGACUCUGGUCUGUCCAGCCUUAACCCUGUGGAUGCUGUUGAAAUGAUGGGUUAUGGUGUCUAUUUUAUUGGUUGGUUGUUGCUUGGCCAGUAA